CAGCGGCGAUGGAACCAGCAGAGCAGCUGAGCGAGUUAGUGUCAGCCGAGGGCCGAAACCGGAAGGCGGUGCUGUGCCAGCGUUGCGGCUCCCGGGUGCUGCAGCCAGGGACCGCUCUCUUCUCCCGCCGACAGCUUUUCCUCCCCUCCAUGAGAAAGAAGCCAGCUCUGUCUGACGGCAGCGAUCCCAAUGGCGAUCUCCUCCAGGAACACUGGCUGGUUGAGGACAUGUUCAUUUUUGAGAAUGUGGGCUUCACCAAGGACGUGGGCAACAUCAAGUUUCUGGUCUGCGCAGACUGUGAAAUUGGACCAAUUGGCUGGCAUUGCCUAGAUGACAAGAACAGUUUCUAUGUGGCCUUGGAACGAGUUUCCCAUGAGUGACUGAGGGGAGGGGUACUCAGCUCCGCCCCCAAAGAUAAACUUGUUCCCCACAAGAACUGGCAUUUAACGUGGUGUAACUGUUCCGCUGCCUUCUUCUCUAUGCUAAUAUAAAUACCGAGUACCAGCAUGUCCACUUGAACAUGCAGAGGGUUCAUCCUGCUUCCUCAAGCCUCACAUACAUGCCUCCUGCUUAGUUCACUUGCCUCACAUUUCCUAAGCUCCCUUUUCCCCUGUUUUGGGACACUGUGCUUCCGCAAAUCUCAUCUCUUCCCUGGCGUUCCGCCUAGGCUCUUGUUUUACCCAGGGGCUUCCUCUUUUUCUUGCUCUCGAAGAGCAGUAUUCGACCUUUUAACUGUGAUGACACAUGACAAAAGAUGCUUAUGUGCUAAUAGUUGAAAGUCUGCCUUUUUCUCAUUCAAGAAAGCAUCCGAACAUCUGAAAGUGGCUUUGUUGUAUGGCUGCCCUUGUGAUCUACAGUAACUUCUUUCUAAAAGUAAAGCAUUUACAAAACUCA